CCCCUGAUGAGGCUAUUCCCACUCGCCCCACAGCACACCGAACCUUCUAGCAACGCGCUCAGACCAGCGCGCCGACGAGGAUAAGUAUGCUUGCGAGCUACCAGAGUCUGUUGUCUCUCCUUUUCUUCUCCAAGUUCAGUGUACUCGUAGAGUCGUCAACAGCUAGUUGCAAUAUACUGCCUGAGACCGUUACAGUUGUGAACCCUUUGGCUUCACCGAACCUCACCCCGUUGUCAAUUAAACCUUCAGAAGUCCCUUUCAGAAGUUGGCGUUUCGAGAUUCGUCACAGGUCAACGUCGCUCUCGUCCCUGCAGGUCACUCUGAUCCGCUCUAGAUUCCUGGCUUCCUUCACUACCACUACGUAUCGCCAGGUUCUCUGGUUCUCGUAUAUCUGGAUCUCUGCCUUGAUUACCUUCCUUAUAGCUGCUACUUGGACUUUCCCUUUCUUACUUUCCUCUACUCUAGACGUAUCAACUAUAUAGAACAGGGUGUCCGUGAAGGUCGUCGGUGUUAUAUUCGACAGGGAGAAGGUUCGCAGCCAACUCGGUUAGCUUGCUGGCGGCGUAUAAG